AACUCACUAUCCAGAAGGGUAUCUCCUCUAACAGAAUAUCAGAUUCACAUGAAUGAGUAUUGUGUUAUCAAAAUAAAUAAUUAUAAAUUUCUUGAGUUAAUUAUUAAUCGAAUACUUAGCGGAAAUAUCUCUCACAGCUUGUGUCCAGUUGCAGACAAUUUUGUAUCCUGA